UGCAAUCAACAAUGAAAUCAAAACUGACAGUUAGUGUCAGUUAGGUCAGCAGUUGCGUUGUAGGCUAAUUAAUUCAUCCACUGUCAAACAGCCAAAAAUAUGGAUUUAUUUCCUAAAAUCAGUUUUGAAUUGAACUAUGAAUGGUCUUCAGAGGAAGAUGAGGGAGAGGAGUAGCUGAAUCCAUCUGAGCACACAUCCAGGUUUGUCAGUGUUUGAUCAGCGGAGCUCAAUGACUUGGAGAAAAGCAACAUACUGUCAGAUCAGAAGGCAGAGUCGGCUGUGCCUGUGAAGCGACACUCCACCAUGCAGUCACCAGAGACUUAUUUCACCGGCUGCACAAUUAAUGGAAACGUGCAGAUAAAUGUGUAUAACGAUGAUCAGUACCUGGUGGAGUUCCUGGAGGAUGGAGGUGUUCUCACUGUGCUGGACAUCUUGAGCCAAUCUCAGAGCAAAGAGGAGGAGAAGGCAGAGGCCCUCCGUCUUCUGCUCGCUGUCUCAAAUGCUGGUCGCAAGUACAAAGAGAUCAUUUGUGCAACGUUGCAGGAGCCAUAUCAGUUUUGCCCUCUCUAUUUCAUACACUCUUGCAGGUGUGAAAGUCACAGCAGAGUGCCUGGCUAAGUCAAAUGCAGAUGAAACCCAAGAGACAGCAUGCACCCUCCUGGAGUCCCUGUCACAUGGAAACCCCAAACAUCGAAACCAUAUCCACAAAGGUCUGAUUGCUCUCAUGACUUGUACCUCCCCUAAGUCCUAGCAUGUCAUCAUAUUUAAAGAUAUUGAACACUGUGCAAAAUAUUGUCAACCAGCAGCUCCAGUACAAAAGAAUCUGUAUCAGACUUCUAUCUAAAACAAUAUGGGUGGAACCCUGCUGCUGAGGCACUGACAAAACUUCAGACUGUCAAUGGUUUUGUUUAAUUUGCACAUAAUUUUUCUUAGGAUAUUGUGGGCUGUUCAUCGUUUGUUUUGUAAAUGGAUGAAUGUUUUCAGAAUGGACUUCUUUACACUAAAAACAGGGAAAACUUUGAAGGGGAUGUUAAGUAUGUGGCCCAUGAACGGAAGUGACAUCCCUGGAAUAUAACAUAAACUAUGGGGCUUCCUAUCUAUCUAUAUAUUGUGGUUUCCAAAAAUAUAUGCACUUUAUGAGCUUGUGAGAGUCUGAAAUAAUGAUUUCUGAAACACCAGAGAUGUCUUUCAAUCUUUUAAUGCUUUGCGCAAAGGGUCAGGCAAUCAAACAGAGUAGCAGGCAGUCUGCAGAGUAUAGACAAAAGGUAUCCUUGCUGGGACUCCUUUAUAGACAAGUUAGGGAGGAAACUGAUAAGAAGAUACUUGCACCUGCAAGGACAUCAACCGGCUAGGACAGGUUCUGUGGUUAACAAGUCGACUUAGCCUUGAACAGAAUGCAACAAACAUAACAAAUCCUGUAUAGUAUUUGAUUGUGUAAGCAUUUUUAAAUCACAUGGGAGGCAGUCAUUGGAGAGUUCUCUCAGUGAGCAACUUAAAAAAGGCAUUUGUUUGAGGAAAGUUAAUACAAGUGAUGGGUUAUACAGUUAUAUCUUAAUUUUCCAUUACAUUAUCUAUCUAAUAUAUUGCUUUCACCAGGUGAUUAUGGACCUGUGGAACGUCUGUGUGGUGUGUACUGAGCUAAUCAAUGAUUGGAGACAUCAACAUUUUCUCCAACUUAACAGAGAUAAGAUCUACAUAACUUAAUUGUCUUUGGACUCUUUUUACACUUUUUUUAUUUUUAUUUAUUUAGUUUUUUUGUAACAUGAGGGACAUUUCUUAAAGUAAACUAUAUAAGUUACACAGACUUUAAAAGUAGGCUACUUUUUUUUAAAAAAAAAAAAAUAGGAUCGAUAUCCUGAUUGAUGCUUUGGCCACACACUCAGGGAGCUGUGACGACGUUGCUAAGCAACCGUUAGCUAACUGCUGCUAUAAACAGAGUAAGCUAGCUAAAGGGAGAAGAUAAGCAAAUCACGCUAUCGAGAAAUUACUUGUUUUGGACAACAAAAAAUUAGUUAUUAGGUUGUUUUGACUUUAUAACUAACAAUAGCUAAAUCAGCUACAGCCUGGACUCUACAUUACAGUGGUUCUUGGAAAGAGAACAAUAAAAAACAGCGUUUUAGUUCACCACCGUGAAAAUGAAGACAGGCUCGAUGUCAACUCAGGAAGAGCAAGCUAAUAUUGGCAAAGUACUGAGUUUUCUCCGCGAGUGGGACCGAGGUGACAGGACAGUCCGCAGCCGCAUGCUGAACACCUUCCUGACCCAACACAAAGGGAAGACAUGUCAUGAGCUGGAGCUGGAGUUUGCUCAGGUUGCCAGUCUGUUCCUGGCUCGACUCACCACCUGGAUGAGACUCACAUACAUGUUUGGGACAUUCUUGGGACUGCAGCUUAAAGCCAUUGGGAUUUUCCUGUCUUCAUCAAGCCAUGAUCAGUACCUGAUGGAGUUCCUGGAGGAUGGAGGUGCUCUCACCCUGAUGGACAUCUUGAGCCAAUCUCAGAGCAAAGAGGAGGAGAAGGCAGAGGCCCUCUGUCUUCUGCUCGCCAUCUCAAAUGCUGGUCGCAAGUACAAAGAGAUCAUCUGUGAAAGCCAUGGUGUGAAAGCCGCAGCAGAGUGCCUGGCUAAGUCAAACGCAGAUGAAACCCAAGAGACAGCAUGUGCCCUCCUGGAGUCCCUGUCACAUGGAAACCCCAAAUACCAAAACCAAAUCUACAAAGGUCUGAUUGCUCUAAUGACUUGUACCUCCCCUAUGGCCCAGCAGCUGGUCUUGCACACCUUACGCACUGUGCAGUCCAAAAUGAAAACAGCUCAUCACAGCAUUGUAGAGCCUCUGCUGAAUACGCUCAGGUCACCACAUCUGGAGGUUCAGGAUGAAGCUAUAAAUCUGAUCUCGGAGUUGAAGUGUUACGAUGUGAGGCCGCUGCUGCUCAGUGGACUGGUGGCUCUGCUGAGACCUACGAAAGAGGAAGUGAAACAGCACCAGAUUAUGGAAGGGUAUACAAUCCCAUCAGAGUGUGAGAUAAUCAAGAUGACUGAAUCUCUGCCUGUGUUUGUGCAACAAGCUGCUGCAGCCAAAACUAUACGCUUGUUGACUGAGGACAGCCAAGAGGUUUCUCAUGAGCUUCUGUCUCUUGGAGUGAUCCAACAUCUUCUGUACGCUAUGGGCAACAGAGAACACACUGAUGCUCAAAUACAAGCCAGUCUGGCUUUGAAGCACUUUGUCUGCUCAUACCCAGUUAUCGAGGAACGUGUGCAGAGGGGCAUUGGUGGCACACUGUUUGCAGCCUUUAUGCACCAUGGUGACACUUUGUACAUGAAUAUGGACGAAACACAAGCAGAAAUCCUGCUAACUAACAAGGUUAACAUAACUGAAGGUGAUGACUGCUAUUUGUUUAUCAUUUUUGCCUUUUUUUCCACAUUCAUGUGAGAUGACGAUGUGAAAAUAAUUGUUUCUUCUGUUUUCUUGUCAAACUUUGCAUUCCAGUUUUGGAUGGUGACACUAAAGGCUGACAAGAAGGACAAAUCCUUUUAAUAAUGCCGAUUGAAUAAACUAGAAAAGUGUAAAUACUGUUUGUAUUUUA